CUUAAUCUCUAAAACUAAUUUAUACUACAAUAUAAAUUAGUUUUAGAGAUUAAGAAAAAUUUUUUUUGCAGUGUUAUUAUUCAUCAGAAGUAUCGCAAUUGUGCGGUUUUUGGGUGUACCGACACUACUUCUACCCGGCAUAUGUUCCCAAAUCCACAGAAGAAAGAACAUUUGUUCAAUGAAUGGGUUUCAAGAUGUGGUAAUCAGAAAAUAUCUAAUGUACCACCACAGAUUGUGUCGUGUUUGUCAUAAUCAUUUCAAGGAAUGUGAUCGAAGCAGCAACAUGUAUUUGAAACCGAACACCAUACCUACUCUUCAUUUGCCAAUAAAAAGUAUAAAUUACAUUAGACAUCUAUUGGUUGCCUGUUAAUUAAAAGUAAUAAUAUUAUGGGGGAAGCUGUAAGUCAACUUCUGGAAAGCAAUUACGCGCUGCAGUAACUCAGCGGUCAAAACAUAUCAGUUUUUGGAUGGAUGCAAAAGGUAAUUAUAACGCAUUAAUAUAUGAAACAAACUAAGAUGAAUAUAAUAUGUUAUGUAAUAUAAUUUAAAUGAAAUUUACAAAAAAUAACAUAAUUUACAAAUUUGCAAUGGUUAAAAAUCCAAGUUUUAAUUAACGUUUAUAUUUUUUUGUUUUAGAGAAAAUGAGGAACAUGUUUUUUCAACAGGCAAAACAUGGAAAACUAAUGAAAACGUUAUCCCACCAAGUUUAAAAAACUUUAUUUUAAAUUUGGAGGGAUUCAUUGACCUCAGCCAAUUACUAUUUUCACAUGGGGCGUCCUAUUAUUUUCCACGGUGCCUCAACCAAGACCCUCUGGAAAACUUUUUCGGUCAGGUGCGUCAGCAUAGAGGUCGAAACACAAAUCCCACACCAAAACAUUUCACGGAAACAUUUAAAAGUCUAUUGAUAAGAAAAAUGGUUAGCACCCAUUCAGUGGGUACUAACUGUGAGGAAGAUUUCGAGUCUUCAUUAUUUCAAUUAAGGGAAUAUACAAAAGCAGCUUCUCCACGAAAUACUGUCCAGGAAGAAGUUGUAGAAAACGAUAAUGUCUACACAGUAAUAAACAAUAUAGAAAAAAAGACAGAUAGAUUCCGCGGCAAUUGGAUAUGUAAGUGGUUUCAUCACAAAAAAAUUAUUGCAAACAAUUUCCUGCAACUUUUGUAAACUACACAUUCUCAUUAACCAAAGUCUUGAUGCAAAUACUACAACAAUACAUUUAUAAAAGAAAAAGAAUUAUAUAAAUAUCGAAGUUUGCAAUAUUGUCAAGAGUCAUUUAUUGAAGACAUAGAAAAAUGUUAUAGUAUUACUAAGAGUAUAAUUCUAAAUUCGCUAUUUAGUAGAAAUAUUAAAAAAAAAUAUUUUUUAUUUGAAAAAACAUGUUCAAUUUACUUUUAUGUGUCAACAUAAAGCCGAGAUUGUAAAUUUAAUUUUAAACAAUAUUGUAAUAAUAACAAUACACUGCCUUUGUACCGGAAUAAACCGUAUUAUGGCUGGUAAGGAUACAAGAAGGUGUGUUUUUUACUUCCCAUUUGUAUAAACAAGCACAACAUAUACACAACAGUAAUAAGAAUAGAUUAUAGAAGAAGAUAGAUUAUCUUAAAACAAAAAUAAAAAAUAUCUUAACCCUACACUGCUCAUUGUAUCAGAUAUCAUACAAAUUAGAAAUUAGUCCAUUAUAUAAAAAAUGAAGCAAAAAGGGGAAAAAACCAUGACUUUGGUACAAUUUAAGAUCGAGGUGGCAGAUUGCUUGUGUAGAGCACCAGCAGAAAACCAGCGAAAACGCGGAAGACCAUGUGCUACUAUGCAACAGGAUAUUAUAGCAAAGAAGAAAAGAGGACCUACAUCUUAUAUACCACCCGUUGAUAUACGAACCGACAAUAUUGGACAUUGGCCACAAUAUACAGAGAGCAGAAUGCGCUCUAAAAAUCCUACCUGUAAAAAGUUAACGUACAUUAAAUGUACAAAAUGUGGAGUUUAUUUAUGUUUUAAUAAAGAUUCGAACUGUUUUAAUGAGUUCCAUAUGCAAUUUAAUAUAACAAGUUCCUAUACUUGACAGUGGUGUCAACUAAACACAGAUUAUGUCUCACCAAUUGUACUAGAGCAAGACAAAACAGAGGACGUAGUUAUAUUGAAGGGAAAUAGAAUAGUAGAUAUCAAUUUUCUAUUGACAGCUACAUUAGAAAUACAGUACAAACAUGCAAAACAAUGUACAUUUGGGUUAUUGAAACCACAUCAUGAACAACGUUUUGGGUUGCGAUCUAUUUUUACAUUAAAGUGUUCAGCAUGUGAUAAAUACUUCAUUGUACAUACAGAAAAAGAACGAAAGCCCUUCGCGACAAUUAACGUACAAUUUGUUUGGGGAACGCUAACCGCCGGUAGUACCUAUGCGCAAAUGAAGGAUUUCUACACUGUAUUAGACGUUCCUAUAAUAUCAUAUUCUUCCUUUCACAAAAUAGAGGAGUCGCUUGGGGACCACUGGAAAGAUGAAGUAUGGUACAGUAUGGAAAAGGCAGGAAAGGAAGAACUAAGUAUUGCAAUUCACAAAGGGCACUUUAGUUCAGAUGGAGUACCGUGGAUAACCGUUCAUUGUGAUGGAGGAUGGAGCAAACGCAGUUAUGGACAUUCAUACAAUGCUCUGUCUGGCACGGCUGUUGUGAUAGGAAAAGAAACGGGAUUAGUACUAUUUGUUGGAGUGCAAAACAAAUAUUGUUGUAUUUGCACUAGAGCUGCCAACUUAAGACAAUUUCCAUCACAACAUAGAUGUUUUAAGAACUGGGAGGCUUCUUCUACAGGAAUGGAGGCUGAUAUUUUAGUAGAAGCUUUUAAUAACAGCAUAAGUAUGCAUGGGGUUAAAUAUCUAAAAAUGAUCGGUGAUGGCGAUUCCAGCGUAUACAGCAAAAUUAGAUCUAACGUGAGUUAUGGUAUGGAGGUAGAUAAAAUAGAAUGCGUAAAUCACCUGAUAAAGAACUUUGGAAAAAGUUUAUAUAAAAUAAAGACGUCUGCAACAAAUGACGGGGUAUCAUCUCAAGCUCGAAAAAUGUUGACGAAUGAAAAAAUUAAAAAACUUCAACAAUUUAUUAUGUAUCGAGCCAAAAUUAACGAAAAUGUAGAAGAUCUCUAAACUGAUAUUGCUAAUUCAAUAAAUCAUGUUUAUGGGAACCACAGUGAUUGUGUUUCA